ACUUUUUAAAAUUAAUUUGGAUUAAAUACACUGGGAAGAUGAAGUGUUUUUAUUUCUACAUUUAAUGUUUUGUUGGAAUCGCACUGAUAUUUUGUUUUCUUGGGACUUGCCAGUUCGUUAUUUUUGGCUGCCUAGUAACACAUUGGAUGCUUGUGUAGUACAAAGCUGAGUGUGAUCUUCACGUUACUAAGAAGUUAACUCAUGCUCCUAACUGUGGAUCAUGAAGUCAGGUGAUGCUAUUUUCACCAAAAAGAAUCCUUUUCCUCCCGAACCCCGUCGAACUAAAGGCCAUUACAGUCCAUCCAGAGCAAAGAAAAUUCCCAAACAACAGAAAAGGCUGGCACUGAGCCCUGUCCGGUUUACACGGUCUGCCGGUCCUCCAGAGAGUCCUCCCAACACUGCAUCUCUCAGCCCAGAGGAUCAACGCUUUCUCGAAGGCUCACACAAUGUCCUACUCUGUCCUCUUCCAUCUAUAACUGGGCAGAAGAACUACUCAGAAUCCUGGCCUUCUACUGAACAGAGUUCUUCCCCUGCUAGCAGUGAUGAUCAACAUAAACAAAGCACAGUGACCGGUCGCACACAGGAGCCUUCAGUACUGGCAAAGUACAUUGAGCGUUUCCGCUACGGAAGGCCACAGAGUCGUGAAGAAAGACAGAGGUUGGCGGGUGAUGGAGAAGAGAAUCAGCCAUUUUGGUGGAUGUCGUCAAAUCCUUCCCAACCAUCCAGCUCAACUCCAACUCGUAUGCCUAAGGAAUGUCUUGGAGGAUUGUUUGAGUGUGGAAAUGAAGGCACAGGCAGUGUGCAGGAUCUGCUCAGCUAUCAAGCAGAAAGUUUGCUUUCUCCCACCAGAGGCCUGCUGGAUUUAAGUGCACUUGUUUUAUCUGAUUCCUCACACUGUGAGCAAGGGGAGCCAGAAAUCCUUCAGCUUCAGGAGAAGGCCCAAAGACUUUUGCAGAGGAGUGAGCACUCCCUGAGUACUGGCUCCAGUGGUGUACCCAUCAGCUCUGAAGGCUUGUGCUGUUCUGAUUUCUCCUCUCCUGUUAGUGUUGAUGAGCCGAUCCGAAAGCCCACAGUUCCCAGUUUGAUAGAUGCAGCCAGUUUGAUGGCACAGAGAGGCCCACUUCCAUCCGGCUCAGUUGGGUCACAACCCCGACCUGAGGAUGACAUUCUGUUUCAGUGGCGCCUUAGGAGGAAGAUGGAGCAGGCCAGACAGUGGAGUCACACCUCCUCCCGUAGUUCUACUCUUCAUCAGCCCUUAUUGAGCAGACUGGCAUUGCAAGCACAGCCUGGACUUUCUUUUACAUCUGCACCCAUGGGGAUGACCGGUAGCGUAAACUCUCCUUUCCCCUGUCCAGUCCCUGACCCAGUGCCAUCUUCCUCCAGCCAAGUCCACCCUGCAUCUAGCACGUACACCAAGGAUGAGUCAAUCAAUCAAAGCCACUUAGAUUUAGCUCUUCGCUGUGAGCGAGAGAAGAGCCCUAAACAGCUACAGACAGCCCAUUCCAUCCAUCAGCCCUGUCUCAGAGGACAGGUCUGCUUUUCAGGGAGCUCAGGAGAGCCGUGCAGUAAACAGCAAUGUUCUCUACCUGCAUCUCCACAACCUACUGAGAGCUCAGAGGGAGAUGGCUUCCAGGAAAAAAGGGGUAUGCAGACCACCAGCAGAGUGGAGCGAGAACGGGCCAAGAAAAAAUUGGUACCAUUUCCCCAAAAGAAGAAAUCAAACCGGCAUGUGGGGGAUGGGAAUGUGGGUGAGAGGAAUCAUCACACUGUCAAGGCCAGAGAAAGGCAGAAUAGGGGUCAAGAAAAGGUUCGCUCUAAAAGCAAAGAGAAUGCAGAACGCAGAGAGAGCACGGGUUCAACACGAGGUGUUCGUUCACGAGAUUCUCCAUCACCUGUACACAACACUCUCGGCCAGGUUGUUUCCGAGGUGUUGUUUCCUGGUACCGAUUCACCAAUCCAGUCUAGCACCCCUUGCACAUCUACCUCUCCAGCACCCCUAUGCACCCCUCCAGCACCUCCUCAUUCACCUGCGCCUCCCCCUCAACACUCAUCCCAACCGACUGAGGUCAUAGGUCAGCUGAUGCAGGAGGCACAAGAUUCCGAUGGGCUGGAAUUUGCAGAUGAUCCGUUAUUAUUAGUGCUUCGGCAGCAGAGAAAGUGGGUGAAAGAGCAACUCGGUGAGGUUGAAGAACGCCUGGAUAAACUCCAUGAAGUCUGAGCUACUGUCACACAAUAAUGUUUAUUAGUGCAAUUCAAUCAGCUUCGUAUUUAUAAUUUUUUUGGUCGGCAAAUGGAUAUAAUUGUGUUUAACACUGUAAAUAAACAAUUUUGGAAAACAAA